UGACUGUGCCUUUAAACAGCUUGGAAAAUUCCAGAAAAUUAUGUCAUGGCUUUAGAAGCUUCUGAUAGGCUAAUUGACAUCAUUUCAGUCAAUUGGUGUACCUGUGAAUGUAUUUCAAGGCCUACCUUCAAACUCAGUGCCUCUUUGCUUGACAUCAUGGGAAAAUCAAAAGAAAUCAGCCAAGACCUCAGAAAAAAAAUUGUAGACCUCCACAAGUCUGGUUCAUCCUUGGGAGCAAUUUCCAAAUGUCUGAAGGUACAACGUUCAUCUGUACAAACAAUAGUACGCAAGUAUAAACACCAUGGGACCACGCAGCCGUCAUACCGCUCAGGAAGGAGACGCGUUCUGUCUCCUUGAGAUGAACGUACUUUGGUGCGAAAAGUGCCAAUCAAUCCCAGAACAACAGCAAAGGAGCUUGUGAAGAUGCUGGAGGAAAAGUACAAAAUUAUCUAUAUCCACAGUAAAACGAGUCCUAUAUCGACAUAACCUGAAAGGCUGCUCAGCAAGGAAGACGCCACUGCUCCAAAACUGCCAUAAAAAAGUCAGACUACGGUUUGCAACUGCACAUGGGGACGAAGAUCGUACUUUUGGAGAAAUGUCCUCUAGAAAAAAAAUAGAACUGUUUGGCCAUAAUGACCAUCAUGUUUGGAGGAAAAAGGGGGCGGCUUGCAAGCCGAAGAACACCAUCCCAACUGUGAAGCACGGGGGUGCCAGCAUCAUGUUGUGAGGGUGCUUUGCUGCAGGAGGGAUUGGUGCACUUCACAAAAUAGAUGGCAUCCCUAGGAAUGAUAUAUUGAAGCAAAAUUUCAAGACAUCAGUCAGGAAGUUAAAGCUGGGUUGCAAAUGGAUCUUCCAAAUGGAGUGACCCCAAGCAUACUUCCAAAGUUGUGGCAAAAUGGCUUAAGGACAGCAAAGUCAAGGUAUUGAAGUGGCCAUCACAAAGCCCUGACCUCAAUCCAAUAGAAAAUGUGUGGGCAGAACUGAAAAAGCGUGUGCGAGCAAGGAGGCCUACAAACCGGACUCAGUUAAAGCAGCCCUUUCAGGAGGAAUGGGCCAAAAUUCACCCACCUUAAUGUGGGAAGCUUAUGGAAGGCUACCCGAAAUGUUUGACCCAAGUUAAACAAUUUAAAGGCAAUGCUACCAAAUACUUAUUGAGUGUAUGUAAACUUCGGACCCACUGGGAAUGUGUUGGGAAAAAAAAGCUGAAAUAAAUAAUUCUCUACAAUUAUUCUGACAUUUCACAUUCUUAAAAUACAGUGGUGAUCCUAACUGACCUAAGACACACAAUUUUUACUCGGAUUAAAUGUCAGGAAUUGUGAAAAACUGAGUUUAAAUAUAUUUAACUAAGGUGUAUGUAAACUUCCGACUUCAACUGUAUGUAUUCAUCCCCUUUGCUAUGAAGCCCCUAAAUAAGAUCUAGUGCAACCAAUUACCUUCAGAAGUCACAUAAUUAGAAAGAUUGCACACGGGUGGACUAUUUAAGUGUCACAUGAUCUGUCACCUGAUCUCAGUAUAUAUACACCUGCUCUGAAAGGCCCCGGAGUCUACAAUGCCACUAAGCAAGUGGCACCACGAAGACCAAGGAGCUCUCCAAACAAGUCAGGGACAACAUUGUGGAGAAUUACAGAUCAGUGUUGGGUUUCUAAAAAAUAUCAGGAGAAUGACCCUAAGCAUACUGCUAAAGCAACACUCGAGUGAUUUAAGGGGAAACAUUUAAAUGUCUUGGAAUGGCCUAGUCAAAGCCCCGACCUCAAUCCAAUUGAGAAUCUGUGGUAUGACUUAAAGAUUGCUGUACACCAGCGGAACCCAUCCAACUUGAAGGAGCUGGAGCAGUUUUGCCGUGAAGAAUGGGCAAAAAUCCCAGUGGCUAGAUGUGCCAAGCUUAUAGAGACAUACCCCAAGAGACUUGCAGCUGAAAAAGGUGGCUCUACAAAGUAUUGAUUUUGGGGGGGGGGGUGAAUAGUUAUGCACGCUCAAGUUUUCAGUUUUUUGGUCUUAUUUCUUGUUUGUUUCACAAUAAAAAAAUAUUUUGCAUCUUCAAAGUUUUGCAUGUUGUGUAAAUCAAAUGAUACAAACCCCCCAAAAAUCUAUUUUAAUUCCAGGUUGUAAGGCAACAAAAUAGGGAAAAUGCCAAGGGGGGUGAAUACUUUUGCAAGCCACUGUAAUAUGUGUGCAUACAUUUAGUUAAACCCAACACAAUAUCUAAACAUUCCAAACAACAUAAUUUACCCUUACAGAACACUCUUCAACAAAGAAAGCUCAUAUUUGCCACAUACAGUAUAGCCUGGCACACAAUGUAGGUAGUACUGCUGCUGCUUGAGUAGCUGAUUUACUUGCAAGGCAAGGUCUGUUGAUAUAUCCCCUUAACAGUAUAUCAAAUGUGUGACAUAGACUACUAAUUACAGUAUUUAAAGCAAAGCCUUCUAUAUAAUGCCUUCUUUCUGAUGGGAUUUCAAUGUGAACUUGAACUUUGGCCUCAAAAGGCAUAAAAUAUAACCUUAAUGUAAUGCAUGUAUGGGAUGUUGGUGUCCCUAUUUAUAGUUAUUGCUUUCUGACGACCUACACUGUUAGAAAAAGGUACUAUCUAGAACCUAAAAGGGUUCUUCGGCUGACCCCAUAGGAUAACCCUUUGAAGAAGCCUUAUUGGUUCCAGGUAGAACCCUUUUGGUUCCAAGUAGAACCGUUUUGUGUUCCAUGUAGAACCCUUUCCACAGAGGGUUCUACAUGGAACCAAAAAUAAUUUUACCUGGAACCAAAAAAGGUUUACAUAUGGGGAUAGUUGAAGAACCCUUUUGUAAUCCUUUUUUCGAAGAGUGUAGAUAUCCAUGUGAAUUUGUGAUUGGUGACUUUAAAAUUGAGGUGUUUUUGAAUUUUUGAAGACAAAUCAACGUACUAUUCUUAAAUGAUGGACGUAUUUUGAAUACUAUCAGACAAAAAUUAUCGUAUAUUUGAUGCACUAACAGUCAACAAUUUUGCAAAUGUCUUGCUAUGGAGUGUUGUGCUAAAAGCUUAACACCCCCACCGGUAAAUAGAUUAUAACAGGUAAAUUAGUCUGCACUAUCCCACCCUGGGGGAAAAAGAUUAAUUAUUAGCAUAUGAAGUAAAACUUUGAUGGAGAGAUUUGCAUGCAUUCUUUUGAAAAGAAAGGAAGACUGCUCUUGCAAAAGUCUGUUUGAAAACACUUGGAAUGACUCCAUAUACAGUAUAACCGUAUGUGUGAAAUUCUUUGUUUGUGUUUGGUAUACGCUGAGGAUUUAACUUUAUCUUAAACAACUGUGAAAUUGUAUAAAAUAGUCCCAUGCCACAGUAUAAUUUUAAAUAUGUUUGAGUGUGUUGUACAUUUGUCAAAUUACUAGCAUGGACUAUUGCCUUUGUUGUAGUUUAAACAUGUGUUCAGUGGUAUUGGCUAAAUUAGCUAAAUGCUGGAUCAGUUCUUAAAACUACAACGGAAGCUAAUAGCAUUUAUUUUUCAGAAAAACACAUAUUUUUGAAAAUGUAUUAUAUGCUAUUGAUGUUCUUGUGCACAUAUUUUGUUUAUUAUAUUUUUAUCAAUAUAAAAAUGACAAAGUACUCCAACAGACUUACAAACUAAAUUUGUACAGUAUGCUUAUCUAUGUCCGUAGACUGUUAUGCCAAUGACAAACAUGAAAAAUAAGAAUUGUGCAAAAGGGGAAAUGGUAUGUUGUUUUUUAUGUUAACCAUUAGUGGAUUUCCAGUUUUGAUUGAAUAAUGUCAAAACGGUCAGUGCACCUCGUGUGGUGUACUGUGACCUAAUGACCUUACCUGCGUUCAAUACAAAAACACGUAAUGCAACCACACAGUUUCUAAAGGUUCAAUUAAAAGGGAACGGUGCUGUUCUGAAGGACCACUUUGGUUGGGUUGUGGGUUCUAAAAUGCACCGCUGCCCUUUCAAACGUCACUCAUUGCUAAAAGGACACACGCGCCAAACGUAGAGAACGUACCUCGAAGUAUGUUCAAGAACGUUGAACGUUUUGGGGAAACGUGUAAAAGUCGUUACGCAAAGUAGCAAACGUUCGAUCGAACUGAACGCACCCCUGGCUACGUUCUUCGCGGGAAAUCUGCAAGCUAACUAGCAACCCACAUUAUUCAUAGACUUUUAUAUUAUCAUAGCUAGCUAGUGCAAUUGAAAUUUGCAACCAUCUUUCGACAACAUUAUGUCAGGAAACGGACUGUCGACCAGAAUUCAGCAGUUUUUGGAUCCCCACGAGCGGCCAAUGGCAGGUACUCAGAGCCCUUUCCACCGCCUGGGCCAGCAGAUGCAGGACCUCUUGGGCGAUGGCGGGAUCAAGAAGGAAGUGGUCCAACCUGGAGAAGGCCCACCAGUGCCAAGAGAUUCAUCUGUGUCAAUUAAUUUCUCAGGAUUUCUGGAGUACUCUGACCGACCGUUUGAGACCACCAGCUACCUGAAGUACCCUCGAAUGAUGAAGCUUGGAAGAGACGUGACUCUAUGUGGCCUGGAGCUGGGUAUUCUGACCAUGAGGAAGGGAGAGUUCUCUCGUUUUCUCUUCCUGCCUGCGUAUGCAUAUGGAGAGAUGGGCUGCCCUCCACUCAUCCCUCCUGUAGCCACUGUGCUCUACGAGGUGCAGGUCCUCGAUUUCCUUGACUCAGCCCAAGUGGAUGAGUUCUUCGCAAUGAGUUCGGAGGAGCAGAACACUGUUCUUCUGUCCACGCUCUUCAAUGUGGUCGACACAGAGCGCAGCUUUGGCAACCGCUGCUUCAACCAGAGUCGCUUCGAGGAUGCCAAAGAUCGCUACAAACAGGCGGUGACUCUGCUGGGGAAUCGGGAGAUGGAGGACAAGGAGGAGAAGAGGAGCAUCGCAGCGGUGCAGUUGCCCAUCUACCUCAACCUGUCCCUGACCCAGCUCCGCCUGGACAGGCCCCUGAAAGCCCUGGAGUACGGCCACAAGGCCAUGGAGAUUGACCCCACCAACACCAAGGCCCUGUUCCGCUGUGGUCAGGCCUAUUUGGAGUUGUUUGACUAUGAGAAAGCCCAGGAUUACCUCACGAUGGCUCAGGCCAACAAACCAUUCGACAUCGACAUCAACAAACUCUUGAGGAAGCUUGCCAUAUGCUACAAGGACUAUUUGGACAAAGAGAAAGAGUUGUGCUUCAAGAUGUGUGCAGACUUUGUGAAGAAGUGAUGGUGAUGGUGUAAGGAGAACUUAAAGUCAACACCGAAGACUCACACAAGCCUUACUACAUUAUGUAAAUAUAUUCACUUUGAUUUCAAGAGUUUUUGUUCAUUAUGUACCAACAUUUACAAAGCUAUUCUGUACACUAAAUCCAACUGCAGUUGGGACACAGUGAAAUGUCUUAAUAAUGAAAAAUGUGUUUGUGUUCAUCUUGUUACAAUAUUUUCAAGGGCCAUUGUUGUUUAUUGAGAUAUAUUCACGAAGUAAAGCCUCUCCAAAACAUACCAUUGUUUUGUCUGAAUAAACAUAUUCUCCAGUGAUUCAAGCAAGUUUCAGAUAAAGCAUUCCUGGGGAAACCUGUAUUGAAGGACAUUUUAUGGAAGCCAGUUGGAAUACCAUAACAUGCUGGUUUUACAAGGCAGAGUUGAUAUACUUCUCUUUGUUUAAAUCUCUUGAUACCAUUGACAAACUCUUUAACUAGCAACGGAUAUCGAAAUUGUUAAGGCUUUAAAAACAACUCAAAUAAAUGCAGCAGUUGGAAACUGGACGUAGAUACUCCAAACUUUUAGAAUUGUUGUAAUCCAUCAGAUAUUGGCUGAAAUAUUGCACAAAAAAACACCGGGUGUAUUUGCAUAUAUUAAUACAUUAACAUAAAAGGGUGGAACAGGGCUGGAACCACCAAACACCUGCUAUGUCUACCCUACCUGCACUCACCUGCUCUGGCUACCCUACCAGCACUCACUUGCUCUGUCUACCCUACCAGAACUCACCUUGCUCUGUCUACCCUACCAGCACUUACCUUGCUCUGUCUACCCUACCAGCACUCACUUGCUCUGUCUACCCUACCAGAACUCACCUUGCUCUGUCUACCCUACCAGCACUCACCUGCUCUGUCUACCCUACCAGCACUCACCUGCUCUGUCUACCCUGACAGAACUCACCUGCUCUGUCUACCCUACCAGCACUCACCUGCUAUGUCUACCCUACCAGCACUCACUUUCUCUAAUCACCCUACCAGAACUCGCCUUUCUCUGUCUACCCUACCAGCACUCACCUGCGCUGUCUAUACUGCUUAAUUUUUUACUGUUGUCACAUUUCUCUUGCAUAAUUCAACAAGUUUGUCAAUAGCAGAUACCCUCGAUUAAAAAUCAACACGUUUGUACAUCAAAAUAAAGUUAUUUCUUCUCUUU